GCAUGAUCGAGCAUGUAUCUCGCGAGACAACCACACAGCAACGGGCUCAGCGAAUCGCGAUCCGCGGUAGACAACAACAUUAUCGUUGUUGGGAACAAGCGAUCUGAGACAACUAGAAGCCAGCAGUCGCAGUCGCAGCAACAGUCGCAACCGCAACUGCAGUUACAAUUGCAGCCACAGUCACAGUCACAAUUGCAGCCACAACCGCAAGUGCAGCCGCUACCGCCGUUGACGACAACAACAACGUCGUCGACGAACACACGAGAUCGAGAGACGGGUCCGAUGCGACAGCAUCCAAGCGCGUGGAGAUUGCGGGACGACGACGACGAUGACGAUGACGACGACGACGACGAGAACGAGGAGGAGCAAGUGGACGACAACGUGAUCUAUUCCUGUCCACUUUCGUACGCGGUUUUAAUCGGAUGAACGAGUAACGA